AUGUCAUCGUGUUUAUCUCGUCAACCAGAUGAAUACACUGUCAUUCUGUCUACUGAAAAUUCUGUAAAUACAAACCAACUGUAUUCAACCAGCACACCAAAUUCGCAGUUACUGAAUCACUCUGAUAAGCCCAAACGACGACGUGCUGUCACGAAAAAAACUACUCCAUUGACUAUUAACCUGACAAACUGCAAAUACGAUAUUGUAAAAGAAUGUGCAACUUUGUUUGGCUGCAAACUCGUCGAGGAUCCAUUGUCAUGGCAUUUGUUUUGGAUAGAUACAGGCGUAUCUAUGGAGCGAGUACUUGAAAUGAAAUUAAACCAGAGAAUCAAUCAUUUUCCAGGAAUGCAUGAAAUCUGUCGAAAGGACCAUCUUGCACGCAACUUUACUCGUUUAUCACGCAUCUUUCCAAAAGACUACAACUUUUUCCCAAAAACGUGGAUCCUUCCAAAUGACUGGGGUGAAUUCAAUCUGUUUCAUAAAUCAAAAUCAAGGUCAGGACCAUACAUUGCAAAACCUGACCAUGGGUGCCAAGGAAAGGGGAUAUUUUUAUUCAAAACACCUGAUCAACUUUACGAAUCACAAAGCACCAGUGGGUCUAAUCCAGCUCCAAAUGCAUCUAUACAAAACAAUCCAAACAUAUCUGGUGGAUUGAUUGUUCAGAGCUAUUUAUCCCAGCCAUGCCUUAUUGAUGGAUUCAAGUUUGAUCUCCGUAUUUACGUUUUGGUGACAUCCAUCUCCCCACUUCGGGUCUUUGUUUAUCGCGACGGUCUUGCCCGAUUCGCAACAGAUCUAUACCAUCCACCCACAGAUAAAAAUAUAAACAACACACGAAUGCAUUUGACAAACUAUGCCAUAAACAAGCACUCGGAAAAAUUUGUAGUGGACGAUAUGAAUGGCAGUAAGCGAUCAUUGAAGGCUGUAUUACAGUUCUUGGCUGAAUCUCGUGGUGUAGACACUGAUGCAUUGUGGAAUCGAAUAUGCGAUAUAAUUGUAAAAACAAUUCUGGUUGUACAGCCAGUAAUCAGUCGUGGGCUAAAGUCUUGGCUUCCUUCGUCCAUGAUCGAAUUCCAAGAUCUAAAAAAACCUACAGGUUCUAAUCUGUCGUCAGCACACUCUACCCAUUCGUCGUAUUCAUCAUUUUCAACCCCAACUCACAAACCUACAGCUUUGCCACUAUCGGGAAUGGGAAGCCAGUGCUUUGAAAUUCUUGGAUUCGAUAUCUUUUUAGAUUCGAAAAUGAAACCGUGGGUGCUUGAAGUCAACCACUCGCCAAGCUUCACCUGCGAUAGUCCACUCGAUCGUGAGAUUAAAUCCGGAGUAAUUACUGAUGCGCUAAACUUGUUAAAUCUAAGUGCUGGAAUGACCAAAAAGCUGCAAAAAAAAGAAAAGGCCCAGAGUUUGUCCCGAUUGUGGAAAGCACCAGAUCUGCCCGUGAAUGAUUUGAAUGCAUCCUUUACAUUGAGCAAAAAACCUGUUUCAAAAACUUUGGCUGUCUGUAAAGGAAAUUCUCUCAAACAAGCAACCGGUUCAUCUUGCGUAAAAGGAAUUCAUACUUUGAAGAAUGUGUCCAAAUUAAUGCAACAAUCUGGAGAUUCACCCAUUGACAAUUCUGAUUGUGAAGACUCGAGCUCAAGUGAUCCACACGACACCACAUCCUGUUUUACAACCCCAAACUGGAAUGCUGAAGAACCAGUAAUGGCUCAAGGUUGUUUGGAAAUGCAAUCAUUUAAUUCAAACAAGUUUUUUGAUAUACAAAUGGCAGCCAAUUUUCCAUUUAAACCACAUCCAAUCGCAGCCCUAAAGUCAUCUAGACCAGGCACGGCUGGAUCUGUAGAAUACGAAACUGGACAUAUCAGCCAGCAAUCAAACCAAAGCCAUUUUCAACUAAUCCAAGAAUCUAUACAAAACAAUGAAUCGAAUUCCACACAAGACAGUAGUACCGACAAUGAAAUUUGCCAUACUACCAAAAACACGAGUAUAUUGGUUGACCCAAUAUAUUCACCCCUAAAGGAAUCUAUAUCUGGUCGUCGGAAAUCUACAGUUUGCACAAAACGUCUGCAGGCAUGCCAAGAAGCACUUGCAGCAUAUAUUAAAAAGUACAAUCAAGAUUGUCUUGCUCAACUCACCGGCUUUGAGGAUGCUCACAUGGGCCAGUAUGAACGCAUUUUUCCUCCAUCCGACACAAAACAGCUAUCAAAAUAUUUGUACUUGAUGCAUGAACCAGUAACUUGGUCGUCUGAAACCAAUUCAACAAAAGCAAGAAAAGAGCACCUUGAACGCAAAAAACACCAGGAAUUAGACCAACAACGCAAAAUUGAAAGUUGGAAGCUGCGACAAAAGCGUGAUAAUCCUCAUAUACAGUCCAAAGUCAACUCUUUGGCAAAUCAAACUGUGCUGGAUGCUCGUCGUGCUAUGGAUUCAAAUGGCUUGAUCGUUUCAAAGAACGAACGCAUUGAUUAUCAAAAAUCUGGUUCUGAAUCUGGUAUAACGCUAUGCUACAAGAAAGAUGUAGGAAAUACUGCGUUUGAUAUCAAAAAGUGCUUAUCUGAUUUAAAAAGUUUGCCCAAUUUAUCUUUUGGCUCAACUAAUACCUCAAUAUUGGCCGAAUCUUAUCCGUGCACACUGCAUUACUCUUUGCUUGACAAAGUCUCAUCUUUUCCACGCUCAACAAAACAGCAUGUUCCAGUCAAGAUCAAUAAUCUAGAUGAGCGUUUUGGUCAAUUACGUGAUCAUUCUCAGUCUCUCUCCAAUCAAAAAUCAACUAUAAACAGUCGUCAAACCGGAUCACGCAUUCGUAAAAAUAAUUACAAUCUCAACAAUACAACAUCUGGAUCCAUGAAUUCAUUACUCUUGGAGUCACCACAUGAUAUCAGAUUUGUAUCAAGCAGCUCAUUGAAUACGCUUGUCAAAUCCAAAUCUACAACUCGCAAAUAUCCAGACAAAAAUUCUCUCAACUCGGUUUUGACAACCUCUUUAAGCUCUUUGCACAAUACAGUCAUUGGUUCUAGAUCCCGUCUAAUGUAA